GUCGUUUGUUCCUGUUUGCUAUCCGUGUGUUUCUCGUCUUGCUUCUAAUGUUGCAAAUUUCACAGAAAAUUUAUUGAAAAAAAUAAGAUAAAAACGGGAGAAAAAGAAGCUUCCCGAGUAUUUUCCUCUUUCCCUAGUCACGUGACAGCUGUGUUUACGUGGUGACGUGUACCGGAAGCAGCUGUCAUUAGAACGCCAGUGGCAGCUCUCUAGCUCCUGACGGUGGUCCGUGAGCCCGAAAGGUGUGUCUCCUAAAGCCAUGGCCAGUCCCAACGACCUGCAGUUCCAAGAGUUUGAGGAAGCAGCAGAGCUGUUGUCUGCUGACCCUGGGGCCCCCACACUCAGCAUCUCACCUUCAAACAUUCCCACCUUAACGGCUGGAGAGGACGUGAAGCUGGACCUAUCAGAGGACGAGGAGGCUCAGGAGGAGAGUUCAGAGCUUUUACAAGGACACAAACCAGGAGGGGGCUUCUGGACCUUUGAGUACUAUCAGUCCUUGUUUAACGUGGACACAGUGCAGGUGCUGGACCGAGUGAAGGGCUCCGUGAUGCCGUUACCUGGAAGAAACUUCAUCAAACACUACCUUAGGAGCAACCCAGACCUUUAUGGACCUUUCUGGAUUUGUGUGACGCUGGUGUUCUCUGUAGCCAUCAGUGGGAAUCUGUCCACCUUCUUCAGCCAGAUGGGAAACUCCAGCUACCACUACAGACCCCAGUUCCACAGAGUAACCAUCGCUGCAGUGGUGAUCUUUAUGUAUGCCUGGCUGGUUCCCAUUGGCCUGUGGGCGUUUCUGACCUGGAGGCAAGGGACUGAGAGGCAGAUGGGAGCCUAUUCCUUCUUGGAGACGGUGUGUGUCUACGGAUACUCCCUCUUCAUCUUCAUUCCCACAUCAAUCUUGUGGACCAUACCUUUUGAAUGGUUGCAGUGGACAUUGAUUGUGGUUGCCAUGGUGAUCUCUGGCUCAGUACUAGUCCUCACAUUCUGGCCCGUUGUCCGUGAUGACACCAGGGCGAUGGCUGUGGGCACCGUGGUAACCAUCAUCCUCCUGCAUAUGCUGUUGGCCGUUGGCUGUAAACUCUACUUCUUUCAGACUACAGUCAACACACCACCAUCAGCACCAACCCCAACAACCCCUGAGCUCCUCACAACGGUCAAACUGCACUGAGCCGAGCUGCUGGGAUCGAGCCGUUCCUCCGCAGGGCCUCCACUCAGAAACACAACUCCGUCAGAUGGGAUGAAACUGGAGUCAGAGAUGUUGCCUGGAGAUGGCCAUGCUGCCAUGAGCCGUUCGUCCUUAAAGCAAUAACGGAGAGGUCAGACGAUCAUUCAUAAUGUUGUUGGAAGUUUCAGACAACCACUAGUUGGAGAAACUAGAAAGUCCUCUCUGAUGAAACGGAUAACAAACUUUAGUUCUAAUGUUUGAGUCCAGAUUCUGUUGGAUCUAGAACAUGUCCUGUAGUCUGUCUAAUGAAGCUCUGACAUGAGAACAUUUGAACUACAUCACCUUCGCUUCACCUACAAAACGACUUUAGACCAUUUCAUUUCUGAAGUUUGACUGCUGAGCUAUUUAUUUCUACUGUGAAACUACUGAGUUUUUGUUAAUAAACUCCGAAUAUUUACUCUG